CAGCAACCAGUAGAAUUCUGUGUGGAUUGGUGCACAGUUCACAUGAAAGCUUUAAAUAGAUGUCAUUAGUGAUGACAUGACCUAAAUAAAGCAAACCAUGCCCUUUUAGUCGUAUAUUUUGAUUUCCAGUAUUAUGUUAAGGGUUGAUAAGAAAGUGCUGAUGAAUGACCCAAACAGAAUGUUGUCUGUUUCUUGUAUCAUAGACCUAACGCCAGUAGACUUAUAAUAUAAUCUGAAUUGCAGCUUUCUUGAACAUAACCGCCUGCCGCAGAAUUUGGCCUAGAUUUUAUUUGCACAAUCUCUUGCAGUGCGAUUUACAGUAAAUGUAUGAAACCGCUGUUAUUGUGCUGUUUACAACAGGCCUUUGAGUUCUUCCUUGUGCACAAAAGCAUUGUUUGUAUUCAAUAAGUUGACUCAUACAGCGAUCAGCUGCUGAGACAUUGCAAAACCACAUUAAAGUCAGCGGAAUGUAAUGUAAGGUUGGAUAUUUUUGGAAGUGGUUUCAGUGACCAAACAGACAUGUGAUGUGCUUACAGUCAGCUGCAGUGUCAUCAUGAUAACAGUAUCCAUGGAAUUUGGUAGAGAAGGAGUUGCGCUGCAUCACUGCUUUGAAGCCUUAAAUUUUAUCCAGCCAAUGUUAGAGAAAACAACCUUCUGAUUGUGGAUGAAGAAAUGGAGUCGGCAUCACAGAAACAUGGAGAAGCCAAACUGUUUCCAAGUGAUUAGGUCAGGAGGGAACUGUACUGUCAGGUGAUGUUACUUAGGGUCCGUUUGACUUAGUGCCAGCUGCAGAACUACGCUCGGCCACAUUCCUGCUGUAUUACUAGAAUAAACACUGUCUGCGUGGGGGUCCUGGGAAACUUGUGCAUGGAGGGUAAAUAUUUACACAACUUCGGGCUCCAUUCAGAAUGUACCGGACUUCUCUAAAUCCAGGUUACAGUCCAGGCAAUUAGAGCGUACAGUUGAGGUUGUGCUACUAGAAAUUAAAAUAGCUGGAUUGCUUUAUUCAUGUCAAGGAAGUAAUUGCAUACCUGGCCCUGAAGUGGCCAUAAUACAUUAAUAGGCCUGUAUGAAGUAAAAGUGUCUGAUCAUUGCUGAGUAAUUAUCAUUACCCUUUAUCAUAAUUCAUAUCAGACUGUGCUGAAGUGCAUGAAUAGUCCUUGUUUGUUCUCACUUAUCAGUACAUUAUAGAGCCCACAAUCUAACUUAAACAGAAAGAUUCUUUCUUUACAGCCUAAAAGUGUUUAAAACUGUUGUCAUGGCUGAUUUAUUGCUUUUAAAGUCAUGGGAUUUCCAGAGGAAGUAGCUCGGCCUCUGUUCUUUUCGCCUUUUGAACUUGUCUGGCAGAGUGCAGCCUGGGCUUUUUUGGCAACCCUCCGGAGCUGCUGGCUCUGUGUCACUCUCUCGGCCUGUGUGGCCCUUCUUCUUCGUCCUCCCUCUCCCUCUCUCUUUCAUUCUUCCUCUUUUUGAUAGCUUGAGCAGAGGCCAGCACUGGCCUACACCUGUGCCCAGUGCCCAUGUUGUUCUUGGCUCCCCUCAGCGGCUCUUUGAUGCAAGAGAGCAGAGGCGGUUAGUGAGAAAACGAAGCUGGAGUGACUACUGGGUGUUUGAAAAGCAGACCAGGUGCUUGGACCCCAUAUCUGAGAACUAUAUCUCUGUCACCUGCCGUCAAAUUGCUUUACCGUUCAGAGCAGGUGGAAAUUCUGUUCAGGGCCAUUUGACUUGACCUGGCUUUGUCUGUUUUAAGUCCUGUCCCAGAUACACCAUUAUUACAAUAAUGGCCUGAAAUGGCCUUAGCAAUGACCAUAACAGUUAUCACCAGAAAUACCAAAAGUAUGUCAUUUAUAUUCAUUAUUUCUCACUGGUAACUCAUUAAAAUAAGCAGGGAAAUUUAGUCUGAAGUGCAGAUUUUAUUUAUAUAGAUGUUUUAUCAUUUGCAUUUUGGUUAAUAAGUUACUGCUGUGUGUACAGUCUUAUUUUGUAGGAAGAAAAACAGUCUUUACAUUUUUAAAAAACUAUUUAAUUAAUUACUUGUGAUUUAUACUAUGUAUUGUAACUAUGUCAUUAAUUAUGCAAGUAUGUAGUUACACUUAAACAAUAAUGUAAUGUAAAUCACAUAUCACAAACUGACAGUAAAAAUGAGUGGAGUGGGGAAAUUAAACCUGAUAUCACAGAGCUUGUGAACUGACUGUAGAUGGAUUAGACGAGUCAGAAGCAGUCAAACACCUUUGUGCGCUUUACAUGCCAACACAACCAUAAAUAACUGGCUGUUUGGCACAGUACAUAUAUUGUUCAAGCCUCAAGAAGAUAUUCAGGCAUUCUUGGAAAAUAUACUUUAUUUUAUAGGAAUUAAGUUAAAUUGCAGUCACAUUAUUGGUCCAAAAACUGCAAUUAGAUAUUUUCCCUUUUUUUUUCUCAGCCCUAAGCCCUUGUUUGUUCAUGUUUAUCAGUACACUAUAGAGUCACAAUCGAACCUACACAGGAGGACCAUUCUACACCAAAAUGAUGGUAAAAGCUUUGGUGGGAAAAAGAUUUUCUUGUGAUCACAAAGAGGGUAACAAAAGUUCUUAAACGUGUUUGGCGUAGAUCUGUUUUUUAGCAGUACGUUAAUCGGAUUGUGUUUGAGCUGCUUUUAUCCGUUGUGUGUCAACAAACUAGAUUCAAAGACUUUAUGUCAACAGACUCCUUGCAGGCGAAAGUUUCUUGCACGUUACAACCUACUUGGCACAGCCCUGCUAAUUAUUUUAAAUACACCUCAGUUGUUCACUUUCUGUAUUUCUCCUUUUGUUGAUGAAAAUCUUAAACCAUAAAUUGGUCAUAUCUCAGAUAUGCACUUCACACCCGAUACGUAAUGAGGAUUGAUUAAGGAACUUUUCGGCAGCAACGGUUACAGCAGCAGUUUGGUAUGAGGGCGUGGAGAAGCUCUUGGCUCCACUCCAGGCUCACCUGUCCUCACGGCCACACCUGGAGGAAUGUGGCAGGUAGCGCAGCAAACGGCAUUGCCAUCUGUGUGAAAGGAAGAGUGAAUUCAGCCAGAGAGAGCACACGCGCUCCUGACCGCUAAGUGGAGUUUUUAAGGAUUUAAAGCAUCUUUGGCCAGAGGAAUAUUGAGAGUUUAGUGGCUGGGCGUUCGGGAGCUCGCGGACCGCCUGUGCAUUUUGGAGCGCCUCGAAGAGCUUCUGGAGAGUGAGCCAGGCCAGUGCCAGCACCAUGAGCAGCCAACAGUGAGCCGAGACACCAACUACAGCAGCUACACAGUUGGUUCUGUGGAGGGGGAGGCAGUGAGGGAGAGUGAAGAGUUGUGGGAAGAGCAACAGGAAGUGGAAGUUACAAUGUUUCGGAAAAAAGCCUCAUCCUCCUUGAGAAUGCGGAGAAUUUCAGAAAGCAAUAGAUGGAGCGUGGACCGGGGGCGAAGCUCCUCCUUCCAUGAGGUGGGUGGCACGCGAGAGCCGGAGAUGAGGGCGGCAGCCUCCGUUUCCGAAGAAACCUCGGCCAGUGGCGGCAGUGGUGGAGGCCACACCGUCCUGCAGCGUCUCCUGCAGGAGCAGAUGCGCUAUGGCGAAAGCCGGAACUACCUCGCCUUGCAACAGCAGCAGCAGCAACAACAGCAGCAACAACAGCAGCAGCAAGGUCCUUUGAGCGGAUACCCGGGUCCUGGAGGCCCGGGGGACGAGCACUCCAUGGUCCCCCACAUUGCACGGCAGGAGCCGCAGGGCCAGGAGCUGCAGGCGGACAGUGGCAUGGAGAAGCAGCUCAACUCACGUGCUGGAGGAGGCAGUGGUGGGACAUCCGUUGGCGGCUGCAUCCCCGGCCAAGGGCUAAACCCUGAGGAUCUGCCAUCCUAUGAGGAGGCCAAAGUGCAAUCGCAGUAUUUCCGUGGCCACCAGCCACCACAGCCACAGCAGCCACAGCUUGGUGCUGCCUUCUACGUGACCGGUGUCUCCAACCCAAAGGUGCGGCCUCCGGAGGGCCGGCCCGCAGUGCAGCGGGUUAGCGCAGGCAAGGUGCAUCAGGAUGAUGGGCUUAAAGACCUGAAGCAGGGCCACGUGCGCUCGCUAAGCGAGAGGCUCAUGCAGCUCUCAUUGGCCACAAGUGGUGUCAAAGCCCAUGCACCUGUCACCAGUGCCCCGCUUUCACCUCAGCUGCCCCCGCCCGGCCCCCCGGGAGACUACUACAAACCUGCAGGUCCACAGCACAGGGGCCCGCCACCGGACUACCCUUUUAAGGGCAUUCCUUCACCACCCAAACAACAGCAGCAGCACCACCACCAACCACAGCACCAGGAGCUGGGACACUACUUCACGGAGCAUCGGGCUGCAGGCCAGCAGGGAAGAGCAGAGGUGCCCCACGUUCGAUAUCAGCCACCACCGGAGUAUGGCUCCUUCCGCUCCAGUAAGGAAAGCUCAGGCCACUCUCAGAGGCCCAUCCAUCACCACAGCCCCACCUCCUCUGUCACCUCAGUGGGCUCGCUGUCCCGUGCCCAGUCCUCCACCCUCAGCAGUAUCAUGGCCUCCUCCCAUCCUCCGCUGCCCAUGACCCACCAAGGGGAGCCUCCCUUCCCUAUGGGGCCACGGAGCCCACAAGGACCGGGCUCACACCAGGGAGAUCCUUACGGCCCGGGACACCCCCCACCACACCAGCGUGGUCACGGCUUCCCGCAUGAUCCCUAUGGCUCAGCCCCCCGGGGCCUCCACAUGCACCAGCACCAGUUUCACCCACAAGGGCCCCAGCAGCAGCAGCAACAGCAGCAGCAGCAGGGACCUGGGCAGCACUACCCUCACCCUCAUUCCAUCCAGGGUGACCCCUAUGCCAUGCUGGCCCGCGCCCAACAGAUGGUAGACAUGCUUACAGAGGAGAACCGACACCUCAAGCAGGAGAUGGAGGUGUUUGGGGAGAAGGUGUCCAAGCUGCAGAAGAUGGAGUCUGAGAUCCAGCGGGUGUCGGAGGCGUAUGAGAACCUGGCUAAGUCAUCGUCUAAGAGGGAGGCCCUGGAAAAAACCAUGAGGGACAAGCUGGAGCUGGAGGUGCGCAGGCUGCACGACUUCAACAGGGAUCUGAGAGAACGCAUGGAGACGGCCAACAAGCAGCUAGCAGCCAAAGAGUGUGAGGGCACAGAGGACAACCGCAAAACCAUCUCGCAGCUUCUGGCUCAGAACAAAGAGACUCAGCGGGAAAAGGAGAAACUUGAGAUGGAGCUGAACACGCUGCGCUCCACCAACGAGGACCAGCGCAGGCACAUCGAGAUCCGCGACCAGGCACUGAAAAAUGCUCAGGCUAAAGUAGUCAAACUAGAGGAGGAGCUGAAGAAGAAGCAGGUCUACGUGGAGAAGGUGGAGAGGAUGCAGCAGGCUCUGGCUCAGCUGCAGGCUGCAUGUGAGAAGAGAGAGCAGUUAGAGCACCGGCUCCGCACGCGCCUGGAGAGAGAGCUGGAGUCGCUCAGGAUGCAACAGAGGCAGGGUGGUCAGCAGAACCCUGUGGGCCCUGAGUAUAGCACCACAGCUCUGAUGGAGCACCUACGGGAGAAGGAGGAGAGGAUUCUGGCUCUGGAAGCUGACAUGACAAAGUGGGAGCAGAAGUACCUGGAGGAAAGCGUCAUGAGGCAGUUCGCUCUGGACGCCGCUGCCUCCGUUGCCACACAGAGGGACACUUCCUCAGCCAUCAUCAGCCAUUCACCCAGCAGCAGCUAUGACACCUCAGUGGAGGCGCGCAUCCAGAAAGAGGAGGAGGAGAUCCUGAUGGCCAACCGCCGCUGCCUGGACAUGGAGAGCCGCAUAAAGAACCUGCAUGCGCAGAUAAUCGAGAAGGACGCCAUGAUCAAGGUUCUACACCAGCGUUCUCGGAAGGAGCCAGGCAGCAAGGCCGAUGGACCAUCCACCAUGCGGCCCUCAAAAUCCCUCAUGUCCAUCGCCACAGGAACGGGCAGCUCCAGCGGCUCUGGCCUGCUCUCGCACUCAUUGGGCCUCAGCGGGAGCAGCCCAAUCACUGAGGAGCGCAGAGAAGACCGCAGCUGGAAGGGCAGUUUAGGUGUGUUACUGGGCCCGGAGUUCCGAGGCGAUUCUCUGAGGGCGGAGUCCAUUUCCUCCUCUCCGUCUCCUGUGUUGCCUUCCACUCCUAUGCCUGCCGCCACACACUCUAAGACAGGCAGCCGGGACAGCUGCACCCAGACGGAUAAGAGCCAGGAUACAAGCAAGCCCAGCACGCCAGCACUGCAGAGCGUAGCAAACAACCGCAUUAGCAGCCCAAGUCCUGUGUACAUCCCUGACCGCAUCGCAGAUGUUCCGGUGUUCCACAGCAGCACUCUAGAGAGAAGAGCUCCCGUACAGUCUCUUCCUCAGCAACCCCUCCCUCAACCACCGCCACAGCAGGAUGUGGACAGCGAGAUGGUGGAAAUCCUCAUCUGAACUGUCUAACAUAUACACACAUAUAAAUACAUAAAACAGGUGAAGGAUUCCUUUAUUCUACAGUAUGCUCUUC